AUAACCACAAAAAGUGCGAAAACAAACAAAACGACGCAACUGUGGGAAAUUCGUCUUUUUGCGUGGAAAACUGUGAAAAAUCUCUGAGGAUUUAUUUAAAUCUUAUUUGGGAAUUUUAACCUAACCUCAAAGGUGUCAGGGAAGUGAAAUCAUGAUCAUCCCGAUUCGUUGCUUUACCUGCGGGAAGGUGAUUGGGAAUAAAUGGGAAGCCUAUUUGGGUCUUCUUCAAGCAGAAUACACAGAAGGUGAUGCCCUCGAUGCUCUGGGCCUGAAACGCUACUGCUGCCGAAGAAUGCUUCUGGGUCACGUGGAUCUCAUUGAGAAACUCCUCAAUUACGCUCCAUUAGAAAAGUAGAAUAUGUGAGUUUUAUUUUUUAAUUAAAAUCUUUUGACAAAUGUAA